AUGGCGAGUAGUACUACCGCUGCUGCUGUUGAUGAUGGUGCUGCUGCUGCUGAUGAUGAUAAAACUGGUGUUGAUGAUGGCGUUGAUAAUGAUCCCCUAAAAGAUCCCAAAAUUUGUGGUCGCCCACACUGUGAUGCCGAUAAUGAUAAAUUUAAAUACAACGACAAUAUCUUCAAAUAUGACUACACUUUACAAUUACGAACUGAAUUCUCGGGCACUGGAGAAAAUACCUCUGACUUGUAUCUGAAGGCCAAUAUAGAUGUUUUCUUUCCCAAACCCUGCGAGGGUUACUUACGUAUCAAUGACGUAAGACUUUUUGAUAAAAUUGAACAUCUGGAGCAGGAAACAAGCGACACAAAUUCAAACACCGCCAGUAAUGAUGUCUAUGAUUAUUAUGGUGAAUUAGAAAGAAAUUCAGAUACGGAUUUUGGAUCUAGUGAUGAAAACUCUGAAAGUCCUACUACAAAUGAGCAUCCCAAGAGUAGAGAUUUGGAAAAUGAUUUAAAAAAGAAUCUUUUACGUUUUGCCUUUCAUGAUGGUUUGAUUAGUGAGAUUUGUCCCACUUUAGAAGAACCCACCUGGGUAUUGAAUUUCAAAAAGGGUAUACUAUCAGCAUUCCAAAAUACCAUGAUGCGUUUUGAUGUCGAUUUUAAUACUACUGAAACUGAUGUAUCGGGUAUCUGUAAUGUACAGUACACUCUGCAAACCACCGAUAAUGUGUUUGUUACCAUACGCAAAGACAAGGAUGUGAAAAGUUGUCGCAAUCGUUAUUCAACGCAUUCAGUAUUGCAAACAACACCGUAUAACUUCCGUGACGACAAAACUAUUUGGCCAAUUUUGGAUUCACAAAGUUAUUGUAACUUUACUAUUGACAAUAACAUUUAUCGUGACAUAAGUUGCUAUGAACGUCACCAACUUAUACCAUUUUCGAAUGCCAGUACCGGAGCUGUUACCACUACCACACAAACAUUGGAAUUUAAGGGAGAAGAUACUUUCAGUGUUGGAGAAUUUUUGGCUGAAAACAAUGAAUUUGUGGAGAAAAGAUCUACUUUAUUAUUCGAUCAUACUCCCGCUAUUAAACCUACUCAUGGUGAAAUUAAGGCUUCCAGGGAUUUGUUAAAGGAAAUGUGUGCUGUGGGUUAUCCUAAAAUUCAAAGAGAAUUUAUAGAGGUUUUUACCAAUUUCCUACAAACUACCAAAUAUUUGGAUUAUAAAGCCUUGACUCAACUUUUGGCGCGUUCUGCGGGUAUUUGUGAAAAUGGAAAGAAUCACGUUUUGGAAUCAUUGCCUUAUAUAGGCAGCACUGCUUCUUAUCAAUUGAUGCGUGAUCAAAUCAUAGCCAAUGCUAUACCCAAGAGACUGGCUCACAGCUGGAUGACUUCGCUGUCGUUUAUACAACGUCCCGAUGAGGAGACCUUGGAAACUUUCUUUACCAUUUUAGAGUUUUCACGUAAGAAAGUAGAUCCCGAGUAUACAUUGGGAGCUUCGGCUGUCAUACAUAGUUUCUGCAGACACAAUGAAAACUGUGGCGAAAACCUUAAAGUCCAACGUAUAGUUAAUCUUUUGGAAACGGAAUUCCUAAGCUUAUUCAACAUGUAUCGUGGCGAGAGACGUACUCGUGAAAGAAUGAUUAUUAUUUUGAAGGGUUUGGGUAAUAUCGGUGUUAUGUCUCAGCCUUUUGCCGCCCAAUUACAGGAAAUUAUCACCCAAAACAUAACUGCCAUGGAGAUAAGACUUCAAGCUGUUAUAGCCUUCAGACGUGUGGACUGUAUGGCAUAUCGUGAGUUCUUCAUGGAAUCCUAUGCCAACUACACUUUAAACUCAGAAAUAAGAAUAUUCAGUUACCUACAAGCUAUGCGCUGUCCUGACUAUUUGUCCAUUUCUCGUAUCAAGAGUAUUUUGGAGUAUGAAGAAAUCAAUCAAGUUGGUUCGUUUGUUUGGUCUCAUCUUAAGAAUUUGGCCAAAUCUUCUUCACCCAUACGUAUAGAGGCUCAGGGUUUACUGCUCAAUGAUGAUCUAUCCGAUAAAUUUAAGCUGGACAUACGUAAAUUCUCUCGUAACUAUGAGCACUCUCUUUUCUUUGAUGAAUAUAACUUUGGCACCACCACGGAUUUGAAUUUGUUAUUUGGCACUGAUUCCUAUUUGCCACGCAUGGCUACUUUGAACUUUACCAGUGAGCUUUUUGGUCAGGCAGUAAACUUUUGGGAAAUAUCUGCUAGAGCCGAAGGUUUCGAAGAAAUGGUUUCCACGGUAUUUGGUCCUAAAGGUCCGCUUAAUAGAGAGUUCUUCCGCAAAAAGUUUUCCUUCUUAAAUAAACUAUUAGGCACCGAAAGUUCGGAGGAUGAUGAUACCUUGGAAAACUUAUUAAAUUUAGAUACUUUGCGUUUAAAACGUGAUGUCUCCGACGAUGAAGAGGAAAACUUUGAAGAGGAUUAUGAAUUUGAAGAAGACUUAAGUCGCACCAAACGUUCCACCACACCAGAAAAUGAGGGACGCAAGGAUAAGGUACAAAAACAAGUGCGCGAUAUGGGCUACAAACUUAAUUACAACUACAACAAUCCUAAAGCUCAAAUUGGCUUACGUAUAUUUGGCAAUGAUUUGCGCCAUUAUUCGCUAGAGGGAAAUAUGGAAUUUAUGGCUUUCGCCAAAGAAUUUGAUCCCUUCCAACAAAUUGCCAAAAUAUUAUCGGGGCAAGAAAUAACCUAUACCAAAUCGAAUGUCUUAUUGGAUGCUUCCUACAGCGUACCCUUGGCUAUAGGUUUGGCUUUGUCCAUUAAUGCGUUUGGUGCUUCUUCGGUAGAUUUUCGUGUAUCUGGUAAUUUGGAUCGUGUAGAACCAGCUACAGAUUGGCAUUUCGAUUUGGAGGGUAAAUUUAAACCCUCAGUAUCAGUAGAUGUCAUUACUUCCAUACAAGCUGAUAUGUUUUAUGCCGUUUCGGGCAUUAAAGUCAAGAGUAACUUGUACUCGAACUCGGAAAUUGAAGCAAAACUUAAAGUAAGAGGCAAAAAUCUGGUAUCAUUCUCAUUCGAUUUGCCUCAGGAUACUAAUGAAAUCUUUAGUGCUCGUUCCGAGCUUUUGGUGCUUAAAGAAGAUAAGGCAAUUCCCCAAGCUGGCAUAGAAGCACGUCGCUCCAAUAGCAGCUGUACUUGGCCGGUAUUAGAUCAAGCUAUAGGCCUACAAUUGUGCUCUUACUUCAGUGUUCCUGACUUGGCCAACUCCUCGGAUAAGGUUUAUCCCAGUUUGCUUUUAAGUGGUCCCACAAAUUUCAGUGUUAUUUUGAAAAAGUCCGAUCUAACUGCCAAAAAAUAUGUCUUUGAAUAUAACUGGGAUCAGGUAAUCAAUGAUUCUAGUUUCUCUUUGGUCUUCCAUACACCAGGUUCUGCUGCCAAACGUUUGUUAGUUACUAAUGUUACCACUACGCCGGAUGCCUUUAAUGCUUCCGUAGCUUUUGUUAAUGCCAAUACUAGAGUUUCUGCAGGUUGCAAUUAUAACAGCCAUCCCGAUGAUCGCCGACUAGAUGUUUUCCUCGACACGAAUGGUAAUCGUAGUUUUGAUUUGAACAUGGAACUUAAACGCUGGCAAGAUCGUACCGCCUGGAUGUAUAAACCGAAAAUGUUGUUGGCCAUUAAUGGUGUCAAUGUUACGGGUCUCAUAGGCACCAUUAGAAUCAAUGAAAAGAAUGGCAUAACACAAAAUGACUUUGAAUUAUCAUUCGAAACUAAAAAAUUACAGGCCAUGGUAAAGGGUAACUUUGUACAGACUGAAAUUACCACCUCUACUAAUCUAACGGUCAACUACAGAUUCCAAGCCAAUAAAAUUGAAACCAUCAACUUUGAUGGUAAAUUAGUUAAUACGGGUGACAAAUCCAAAACCGAAUACAGAGGCAAUGUUAAACUUAAGACUUCAGCUUAUCCUAAGCUGAACUUUGUUUCCAAUGCCACCUGGUUAAGUUUACAGGGACACACAGAGGGAGUGGUGACCUAUAAUAAUGAUCCUUAUUUGGUAAACCCUGAUCACACCAGCUCAGUUCGUUUAAUAUUUGCACGCUCUUAUUCGGAAGAUCUACUUUUGGAGGGUUCUCACACUCGGGCCAGUUUUGAGGUUAAGAUACCCAAAUCAAAGGUGGACUUCAAGGUUUCCUUAAAACAUGAAGAACGCAGUAAAAAUGGUACUGAACACAAUGUAUUAUUGGGCUUACGAUAUGCUCCGGAAAAAGAAGCCACCGGCUUGUUCUCUAUUCACCUGCCCAGAAGAAGCCUAUUCGCCAUAGAUGCUUAUGUCAAUGUAACUGUACCGGAGUUCAAUUCCUGCACCGCUAGAAUUAAGCUGACAGAAGUUACUAGCAAGAGUUAUAUGAUUAACCUUAAUGGCUCCUGGUUUACGGGUCAUUCCAUCUCUCUUAAAGGCAACUACAAAGACAAAAGUUCUAGGGUUCAAAGUUUACAUCAUUUGAAACUGGUAGUAGAAAGUCCUUCCUUUAAGGUGACCUCUCUAAAUGUGGUAUAUCGUCGUAAUCAAAUGAUAUUAUUUACUGAUGUACAAACUCGUUAUGGAGUCGAUCCUUAUGGCUUAACCGUGCAGUACAAUGGAAAUGAGGUAAACAAAAAUGCCAAUGCUGAAAUUCGCUUAAAGGUCAAAGAAAAAGAUUACUGGCUAAAUGCUAAACUCUUAUCGGAACAACCCAAACUACUGCAAGUUGAAAUACAUUUGGAUAAAUUGCGUGAUAUACACAUUAAAUUGGGUCUACUCUCUAUAGAGCAAAGAAAGGAAUUGUCUUUGGAAUUGAAAUGGGAUGCCAAUCGUGAUCCUUCUCAGCGUUUGGGUCUUUUGGCAGAAUUCAAUAAUCCCGGAAAUAGGCGUUAUGAGGGCAACGUAAUGGUCACCUAUCCUGAUAGAACUAUAAGCUGCGGUUUUGAUGCCUUUACAGGAGGACCACAAUAUUAUGGUUCAGCUCGUGCCAGUUGGAGUGUUAGUGAAAUGGUGGUAUUUACCUAUAAUGCAGGCGUAAUGCCUGGUAAACAAAUGCAUAAUUGGAUACAAGCCGAACUUUCUACACCCUUCCAAGGUUGGCGUAAGAAUAGUGUUAAUGCUGGUGUUUAUAAUAGAGGAAACCUGAUACUGGCCAAUACUACUCUCAUAUGGGCUGAUGACCAAAUUUUGGAAUUGGGUUAUAAGAGUGAUUAUGAAAUGGUGGAACCUAUUGUAAGCUUUGAUAUUUACUUUGGUAUCAAUAGUACCGUCAAGGAUAUACCCAUUAUAAAUGUUAAGGUUAAACACUGGCAGGAUAUGAAAAAGUUUGAUAGUGUUUUGAAUCUGCGCUAUAGUGGCGCUAACGAAACGCUUAAUGUCUAUAGCAUUAAAUCUUUGUGGGAAUUGGCUCAAAGUGCUAAAACACAAAACAUUUCGGGUACCGUAUUUUUGGUUACACCAUUUGAGGGCUAUCGUAAAGGUGGCCUGGCUGCCAAGUUCAUGUUGAAUGAUAAACGUGAAAUACAGGGAGCAGCUUCUUUGGACUUUGAGAUACGCGAAUUUACAUUGGCUAUAGAUGGUUAUGUUAGAAAAUUCUCGGAUAAUAUGUUAACAGUUAAUAUUACCACUCCCUUGGAGAAAUUCCGCACUAUUAAUGGUCGGUUCGGUUUGAAUGAAAAGAAACAUCAUGCAGUAGCCGAAGUUAGGGCACCCACAGCAGCCCUGGGAGCCGAGGUUCUAUUCGAUAUUAUUUCACUUAUGAAUUUCGAUGUUAAAUUAAGUGUAGCCACACCCAUAGAAAGCUUCCAGCAGGCAGCUUUAUUCGCUAAAAUUAAAACCGAAACUGUGGAUUUAAGAGGCAUGUGGAAUAAUGCUACAUUAGGUUUUACUGGAGUCUGGCGUAUGGAUAAUAUAGCCGAUUUUGAAUACUCUUACAAAGUAUUUACUCCUUUGCCGGGUUUUGAAGAAAAUGGCUUCAUAGCCAAGUUUAAAAAAGAGAAUGUGUUUGUUUUCUAUUUACACGGCAAGUUAUCCAAAUACAAGUUGGGCUUCAAGAUUAAUGGUCAUCCCAAAUCAAAACUUUUAACCCAAUUGGGUGGCAAUAAAAUUGAAUUGGAACUUUUGUACGAUGAUGAUUUUCAACCGCCGAAAAUCGAUUCCGAAGAUUAUGAUAUGGAUGAUAUAGAAUAUGAUGAGUUCUUGUCGUACUUUGUGGAGUUUGAGAUAGAUACAUUGGUUUGGCCUACGGUAGAAGGCUUUGGCGAUAUUCAAGAAGUCAUGGAUUAUUAUAUUGUCGUGGGUAAUCUUCAAUUGCCACAGGGACGUAUCGAUCUUAAGGAUCGUUUAUAUUAUCCGGAUUAUAUUAAUGUUAUUAAUGUCUUGACUGUUACUACACCAUUUGAAGUGGCUAAAGAAGUUAAGUCUAUAGUGGAAUAUCACAUCGAUUUGGACUACAAUUUCCUCUAUGAUAAAAUGCAUUUCAUUGUCAGCAAUGGUGGGGAUGAACCCGCAAUAACCGGUUUUGAGCUUAACUAUACCAAAAUUGAUGAUUCUGUCAAACCCAAAGAGCAUAAUUUGCAAAUCAAUAUUAAAACACCAUUUGAAACCUUAAAGGAUAUGAAUAUUUGGGGUAGAUUGGAAAUGGAAAUGGGUAAUAUUUACAAGGGUAAUAUUUCCUCACGCACUGCCUCAACCUUCCUCUCAUUGGCCGGUUCUGUAGAGGUGGAAGAAAACUUUUUAGAAACUUCAGUGGGUAUUUUGCUUAACACCAAUGUUAUUCCCCACUAUGCCUGUAGGGCAUACUUUAAAAAGGAUUUCUCCCAAAUUGACAAUUCUGUGGACAUACAAUUUGUGGUGACAGACAAUGAUGUGAUUAAUGAACUGCAAAUUGAAACUGCUUGGCGCAAAGAUCCCGGUCAUUUAGUAAAUGUAGAUGGCAGAGUUAAAACCACCAUGUUACCCUUGCAGUUAGUGGAAACUAAUUUACAAAUUACUAAAAGUUCUAAUCCCCAGCUCAGCUUUGAUUUGGGUUUUGUUAGCCAAACCGGUCAUAGAAUUGAAUAUGGCACCCGGGCCAACAAAAAAGAUGAUAUUUUCAAUGUAGAAGUCUGGACACCCAUAGAGAAUUUCCGUAAUAUCUCCAUGCAUGGUUCAUUGAUACAAAAUCGUAAUAACCCCAAAGAAUAUCAUGUUAGUGGUAAUCUUUAUCGUAAUAUGGUCACUUACGCUCUAAAUGGUGUCAUCAGAAUGGCAGAAAAUUAUCCCACAGAUACACGUCUAAGAGUACAACCCAAAUCGGGAGGUCGUGAUGGUGUAAUUGAACUGAGCAUCACUGAAGCUGGCGGCAAUCAAAAGGGCUAUAAUUUCCAAUUUAGUGCCAUAGAAGAUGGUGAAAUGUGUCAAAUUUCCGGAGGUUACUCACAAAGCGAGGAAUCUGGCAUGGACUUUUCGGUACUCGUACAAUCUUCUUUGCCCGAAAUUAAACGUAUUAACUUCAAUGGCAAAUUGAGACCACGUGAAAAGGGUCACGUUAUUGGUGAUAUAUCUUUGGAAACCCCCUGGAAGGAGUUGGGUAUAGACUCGGUCAAAUUGCAUUCGGAUAUAGCUAUACGCAAGGAUAGCGGUAAUAUAGGAGGAGAGUACCGUAUAGGCCCCAAUAUAGGAAGAGGCAAUUGUAUUUGGUCUUGGAUUUGGGCUGAAAAUAUGCAACUCACUUUGGAAAGUUAUAUGGAACGACCUGAAGCUAAUCCCAGAAUUGUGCAUGCCAGCGCUAAAUACAUUAAUCCAGAUAAAAACUAUUUGCGUUUAGUGACCGGAGCUAAACUAGAUGUUGACUCCAAAUGGAAAUUGGCGGUUAAUGGUACCAUGAACUAUCGUUCUUCGGAUGAUUUACAGGCCAAUAUAGUUACCUUACUGCCACAGCCAAUAGGUGAUGUACAUAACUUUGGCCUGCGAUAUCGUGGUAAUUUGGUUAGCAAACAAGGUGUCCAGCCCGAAUUAUUCCUUGAGGGAAAAUAUCUUUCUCAAGAAGCUAAACGUAAAUAUUUGGGUCGUGUAUCGUAUAGAAAUACCACCGAUUUACAGGGUAUGGGUCAUGUUGAAUGGGGUGUUGAUACUGAUAUCUCCACGGUGGAAGGUGACUUCCAGAUGUUGCGCAAAGAUCUAGCCAGACGUGAGUUCUAUGCUAAAUUGAUAACACCCAAAUUUAAGGAACAGGAUACCUUCUUCAUGAAGGGUAAUUACGAUUUGAGACGAGAUGAAUAUCAUACUUUGGCCUGCACUAUCGAUUAUCCGGCCUCCCGGCCUAUAGCAGACAUGGAUGUAGCCUAUAAAACCAUAUCCAAUAUGUAUGGCUUUGUUAACAGCACCACGCCAUUCCUUAAUGUCAGUUGGUUUAAGGGAGACUUUAAUUUUACCACACAAGGACCUGAAACCUAUCGCUUUUUCGAAGGCUCUUGGCCCUCUGAUAGCUCCUAUUUUAAACUACAUAGUUUCUAUCAUGGUCAAGAACUCGAACAUAAUCUUAAGGGCAACAUUGAAAUGGAAAUACCUUUAACUACGCGCCAUAGAGCUGAUAUUGAAUACGGUCUUAAUGAAAAACCAGACUUGGAUAAGGGUUUCCUUAAAAUAAACUACAAUGAAAAACAAAUUCUCAAUGGAGUUUACAAAUGCGUAGAGCAACAUGAUCCCCUGCAUGUCAUUACCACCGAUAUAACUGUGGAGAAUGAAAUGAAACCUUUGGGAAUACAUUAUGUCAAUACUAAAGAUAUGGCAAAACCGGGAGAAUCUUUGGACAUUAAGCACAUACAAAUAUUUGAAUUAAAAAAUGUGGAAAACUUUAACUUAACCGGAGAGUUGUAUACUACAACUAAGAUAAAUGGCCAGGAAUUUAAAAUCGUGGCCAUACAUCCUAAUCGUACUGUGGUUUUGACCACCAACUAUGAGGAGGAUAGUGAGAAAAUGGUCAAGCAUCGCAGUAAAUUGGAAUUGUCACAGACAGCUUGGAUUGGUUAUAAUUUAGAAUUGAGUAAUUAUACAGUGCCCGGCAAUGACUCACGCAAAUUUGUCAUAGACCUUUCUUAUCCAAAACGUACCUUAUCCACUGAGGGUUGGUAUUAUAAUACCGAAAGUAAAUUCUUCUCUGACAUUGAAUUCAAAUGGACCAAUCCCGAAUCUUUCGAUGAGGAUGAUGUUUUGAAAGUGGUACGCACCGCAGUUUUGUGGCAAGAUGAACCUUUACGUAGGGGAGAUAAGGAACGUCAAUCCUUGUUGGUAACCAUUGGUCAUCCAUAUUUGGAGAAAGAUGUUACCCUAAAGGCCAACUAUCAUCGCAACAAUGUGGAAUUACUAAAGACAGAUUUGAUGAUUGACUAUUCUGAUGAUAAGGAUCAUGCUAUUGUUAUGGGUGCUGUUUUAAAGGAUAUGUAUCAAGAAUUUGGCUACACCAACUACACUUUCAAAUUCUUUGCUCAUCAUAUAGCCUCAGAAUUGGAUGUGCAGGUCAAUGGUACUUUGGCUGCUAAAUCGUCUUACUAUAAAACAGAAUCAUAUGCCAACUAUAAACGUUCUUUCUAUCCGGAAAAACAUGGCAAGUUUUUGGCUUUAUUGGAUUUGAAUCGCAAGGAGAUCGAAUAUAUUCGCAACUCUCCUUAUCGUUCGGUAAGAUUUUGGGCCAUACCUACUAUUAAUCAUCCGGUAUAUGGUCUUAAUGCCACUGUAUGGGAUACUCCUGAUACCAAUAAUACUGGUUAUAUUAUUGUGGAUAUUUUGAAUAAAUUUGCCCGAGCUGAGGUUAAUCUAACCGAAGAUGCUAGUCAAAAUUUGCAGCUUAUAGGUUCUAUACCUGAUGCUCGUAGUGGCUAUUUGGAUAUUUGGAGAAAUUAUGAGGAGAUACGUAUUAUCGAUAUUAGCUCUUAUUUGAAAAUGAAUCAUUCACGCUUGAUCACUGGACGUUUCCAUUGGCGCCCUAAAAUCAAACAAGAAGUUAAAGAGAAAUUCCAUUCAAUUGGCUCCUCGGUUUACAACUCCUUUUCGGAGGGCAUAGACUUUUGGGUUAAGUCUUUGUAUAGUGAAACUAUAGAAGCUGUAGGCAUUAUUUGGGACACCUCCAAGGGCUACAAUCAAAGAUUCUUCGAUGAUAUUGGCAAAUUGAGUGUAUUGGAAGAGGAUUUAGAUGAUUUACGUUUGUUUGUCAAUCAGUCCUAUGAGGCCAAUGAUUUCUAUAUCAAAACUGUGGUUAACUUUACUUUGACCAUCAUUGACGAGUUAGCCAUACGUGAUCAUAUUGAGUCAUUGCCCAAAAUAUUCUCCGAACUUUGGCAAGCUAUGGGCGAUUCUGGCAAAGCUUUGCGCAACAGCGUUGUCUGGUUGAUCGAAACCAUUAAGAAGACCUAUAAUAAUGUGUUGGAAACUAUUAGUCGUUUCUUGCAUGGCGAUUCUUUGCAAUACUUGUCUGGCCUGCUGGAGAAGGGUGUGCAUAAGUAUGAUAAAUUUAUUAAGGAUUUACAUAUCUCCUUUAUCAAAUAUGUCGAGAAUUUAUGGAACAAAUUCUGGUCUAUGAUGUCCAAUUACUGGCGUGGUGUACUGAAACGUUUGGAGCCUCAUAUCUUCAAGUUUAUCAGUCAUGUUGAGUCGGCUUUGUGGAAUUUAAGCAAGGAAUUGUUCGAUUUUAUUUACAAGAGAACCAAUGAAUUGGCUGAGUCUCCUUAUUUCAAUAAGGUAUCCAGUUUUACCCAAGACGUAGAUCGUUUGUACAGAGAUAUUAAGUCUAAUGAUGCCAUAACAAAUAUUAAAAAAUACUCCCUGAUUGCUUGGAAUUUCAUUAAGGAGAAAUAUUUCAAAUUGGUGCCUUUUGGAGCGGAACUCAAUGAGGUGUUGACGGAAAUUUGGGAAGAGAUUAAGGAAUUGCAAAAAAUAGAGCAGGUAGAGUUGGCCAUACAGAAGUAUAGAGAAGUAAUGGCCAAAUUGGAGUGGGUGGCCGAGGAAUUGCAGUUUGAGGCAAGAUUACAUGAAUUGUACGCUUUAAUAGCUAAUAAAUUGCGCAAUUAUGCUACCAAUGCUUUGGAAACUGCCGAUAUGUAUAGAGAAGCCAAAACGAAAUUUAUAUUUGAUCCCGAAAUGGGCAUUAUUGAUUUGGAACAAAAAUUACCCAUGUCUUGGCAUGCUUUUAAUGAAACACCUAAAUUUGAGGAAAUUCCUGAAUAUAAAUUCCUGGCGAAGGCUCAAAACAUUUUGAGUACCACGAAUUCUUCGGUGAUACGCAGUAUCUACAAUAUGAGACAACAUUUGGAUCCUAAGACUUGGUUGCCACCAUACUACUCUCGUGCCUUGUUGAUAGACUCUCGGCAUUACAUGACCUUUGACAAACGUUUUGUGGGUUUGAAUUUGCGUUUCGAGCAAAUGUCGGGCAGCCAGCGAAACCGUCAAUGUUCUUACUUAUUGACUCAUGACUUCUUCCAGGGUAAUUUCACUUUAAUGCUAGAACCUUCGGCCAGUGUUAGUAACAGUGAUACAGUGGCCACUAGGAAAUUGAACUUCAUAGCCAAUGGUGAAUUAAUAGAGAUCGAUUUGGGCACUGAUCGUAUAACCAUUAAUGGCGAUCAAAAGUCCCUGCUACCUUUGAAACUUAAUGAUGUCACUAUAUCCCGUGAUCUGGAUAUACUAUCCAUUAACUCCGAUACUGAAUUCAGUUUGAGCUGUAAUGUUCAGUUCGAUUUGUGUUGGUUUGAGGUCAGUGGCUGGUACUUCGGUAAAACCGCCGGUGUAUUGGGUACCAUGAACAAUGAAAUCUUUGAUGAAUUCACCACUUCCCACAAUCAAAUUACCAAAAAUCCUGCCGAGUUCACUGAUUCGUGGAGUGUGGAGAGUUGUAAACAAAAAAUGAAACCCAAUACACUAGCACCCACUGUGCCAGAAGUUGUAAGCAAAGUUUGUGAUUAUUACUUUAAAUCGGGCAUGUUAUCGGCCUGUGCUGAUACCGUGGAUAUAGAACCUUUCUAUGAUAUUUGUUUGGAUUUGGGCAGUAAUUCGAAUGCUGUACGUCCUGGUCAUCCAGCGAAUAAGGGAGCCUGUACAGCGGCUUUGGCCUAUAUAGAAGCCUGUACAAGUGCCAAAAUACCCAUGAGAGUACCCGAUCAAUGUGUUUAUUGUCAAUUGACAAAUGGCUCUUAUGUACCCGAGGGCACCUUUGUAGAGUUGACUGCUGCAGAUGUGCCACGCAGCAGUGAUGUUGUUUUCAUUGUAGAGGCCAAACCCUGCAAUACAAACUUAACGGAGAAUAAGAAUAUCAUGUCAAUUGUGUCCACCUUAGAGGAACAACUAUUGGCUCAUAAAAUCUCCAACAAUCGCUAUGCCGUGGUUACUUUUGGUGGAGUGGCUCCUUUCGACAAGCCACGCAGCAUUUACUAUGAAAACUCUGUUUUCACCCAUGACUUUAAUAAUUUGGCCAAAUAUUUCGCUCACAUAGACACCACCAAUGGCACUAAUAAUGAUAUACUACAAGCCAUAUCCACUGCCUCUCGUUUGAACUUCCGUCCGGGAGUAUCGAAAACUUUUAUACUCUUGACCUGUAGUGACUGUGCUGCUCGUCAUAUGCGUUUCGAUUACAGUUCCAUUUUACAAUACAUGCGUGAGGAGGGUGUUAACCUGCAUAUUUUGGCAGAUACUGAAUUUGAUUUUGAGAAAACACGCAAACUAAGACACUUCUUUGGUCUGGAUCGCGAGUUGGUGUAUUCGAAACGUUUCCCUGAGGGUGACAAUGCUACUCGGGCACAGCUGCGUAUACCCAAGAGUAAUUUGGGUAUUUGCAUACCUUUGGCUUUGGAGACUAAUGGUUCGGUAUUUAGUGCCCGCAAAUUGUUGCCCAAAUUUAAAUAUCCCAUCAAGAGAUUUGCCACCAUAUUUGCUAAGCGAGUAGCCAAGAGUGCUGCGCCACCAGCCAAUCAAACCUGUGAGUGUUCGGGUCAUAAUACGGGUGUCUCAUAUAUGGCCUGUUCACCCAGUACAGAUACCGUAGAAGAUUUGGAUAUAGAGGAUUAUGACUUCCAAUUUAACGGCUGGGAAUGGGAUGAUGUUUCCAAUGAAAUGGAUUCUUAAUUUUAGUAAAUUUUGUAUAUCAUCAGUUGCCAUUUAAUUAGAUUUUAGGUUGAAUUUUUUAUAUAUGUAUGUAAUUCAGAAAAAAACAUAUAUUUUGAAUUUUAUACUUUUUGUUAUAAAUAAA